GGGGCGCGCUCUGAGGCCGGGGGAUGCGCCGCCGCCCCGACCAUGGGCGCCGCCGCCUCCCGGAGGAGGGCGCUGAGGAGCGAGGCCAUGUCCUCAGUGGCGGCCAAAGUGCGAGCAGCCCGAGCGUUUGGCGAGUACCUGUCCCAGAGUCAUCCUGAGAACCGGAACGGUGCAGACCACUUGCUGGCUGACGCCUACUCUGGCCACGACGGGUCCCCCGAGAUGCAGCCAGCCCCCCAGAACAAGCGCCGCCUCUCCCUGGUCUCCAACGGCCGCUAUGAGGGCAGCCUCUCGGAGGAGGCGGUCAGCAGGAAGCCGGCCGGUGAGGGCCCCCAGCCCCGUGUGUACACCAUCUCCGGGGAGCCAGCCCUGCUGCCCAGUCCGGAGGCCGAGGCGAUAGAGCUGGCCGUAGUGAAGGGGCGGCGGCAGCGGGAGCGGCACCCCCACCACCACAGCCAGCCCCUGCGUGCCAGCCCGGGCAGCAGCCGGGAGGACGUCAGCAGGCCCUGCCAGAGCUGGGCGGGCAGCCGCCAGGGUUCCAAAGAAUGUCCCGGAUGCGCCCAGCUGGCCCCUGGCCCCAGCCCCUCCCCUCGGGCCUUUGGGCUGGACCAGCCACCCCUGCCUGAGGCCACCAGCCGCCGCAAGAAGCUGGAGAGGAUGUACAGCGUCGACCGUGUGUCUGAUGACGUACCCGUCCGCACCUGGUUCCCCAAGGAAAACCUCUUCAGUUUCCAGACAGCCACCACAACUAUGCAAGCCAUCUCGGUGUUCAGGGGCUACGCGGAGAGGAAGCGCCGGAAACGGGAGAAUGAUUCCGCGUCUGUAAUCCAGAGGAACUUUCGCAAACACCUGCGCAUGGUCGGCAGCCGGCGGGUGAAGGCUCAGACGUUCGCCGAGCGGCGCGAGCGGAGCUUCAGCCGGUCCUGGAGCGACCCCACCCCCAUGAAAGCCGACACUUCCCACGACUCCCGAGACAGUAGUGACCUGCAGGGCUCUCACUGCACCCUGGACGAAGCCUUCGAGGACCUGGAUUGGGAGACUGAGAAGGGGCUGGAGGCUGUGGCUUGUAACACUGAAGGCUUUCUACCGCCUAAGGUCAUGCUCAUCUCCUCCAAGGUGCCCAAAGCUGAGUACAUCCCCACCAUCAUCCGCAGAGACGACCCCUCCAUCAUCCCCAUCCUCUACGACCACGAGCACGCGACCUUUGAGGACAUCCUGGAGGAGAUAGAGAAGAAGCUGAACAUCUACCACAAGGGAGCCAAGAUCUGGAAGAUGCUGAUCUUCUGCCAGGGUGGUCCAGGACACCUGUACCUGCUCAAGAACAAGGUGGCUACUUUUGCAAAAGUGGAGAAGGAAGAGGACAUGAUUCACUUCUGGAAGCGGUUGAGCCGCUUAAUGAGCAAAGUCAACCCAGAGCCGAAUGUCAUCCACGUCAUGGGCUGCUACAUUCUGGGGAACCCCAAUGGGGAGAAGCUGUUCCAGAACCUCAGGAGCCUCAUGACCCCUUACAGGGUCACCUUUGAGUCCCCGCUGGAGUUGUCGGCCCAAGGGAAGCAGAUGAUUGAGACCUACUUUGACUUCCGGCUGUACCGCCUGUGGAAAAGCCGCCAGCACUCGAAGCUGCUGGACUUCGAGGACGUUCUGUGAGGGGCAAGGCCACCACCCGGCCGCUUCCUCGGACUGGCGGCUGGAGCUUGGCCGCUGCGUCCGCACCAGACCGUGUGGGUCGUGGUCUUCACACCCUUCAGGGCCCCUCAGACGUCACUCAGGUUUCCUCGGGGUCGGGUCCUCACUGCACCACAGGCCACAGAGGCCACAGCCGCCGGCUCAGGGGGAGCUUCUGCCACCCGGCUGGCAGGCCUCAGCAGCCAGGCGCUGACUGGGCCUAGGCCUCGCCUGGAGGCUGCGGCCUUGGGGCGGCUCCUCUGCGGAGUUCAUAGAAAUAAGUGCAAUUUUCUACACCGGUGAAACAAUUCAAAGGGAGGCAGUGUUACUGGUUAACUAGUUAAGUGCUGCGUUACUAGUUACAGCGUA